AAUUUUAAUUCUUUACAAACUUCAGAUUGCCUCCUUCAUCAUCUGUUCCAUAAUAGUCACAGUUACUAGCCUGAGGAAAGUUCAGGUGAUGAAAAACUCCACCAGCAGCCAGUUAUGAACUUGUAACACCAUGGAAGAAAAUGAGCUGGAGGAAAACAAGGAACACAGUUAUUUAUCAUCCACUUUCAGAUAUGCAUUGAAGGCUGGAAAAAGAAAAAAAAAACAUUACUGGAGUCUUUUACUUGAUACCAGUAUCAAACCAUUGGUUACUUUCACACAAGAUUCUCCCAGGAUGACUAGAUGAAGAGACGUGAGCAGUGUCGAUUGCUAUGGAACCAGUCCCCAACUGUAGUGACGUGUGUGGCUCCACAGACUGCAGCUUUGACCCAGGAAUUAACACAGAGGAAGGCUGGAAGGUGCUGCAGAAACUCUGCAAAAUUGCCAUCACAAGCUCAGUGAAUGAGUCCCGGAUCUCCCCGGCUCUCUGCUCUGUGAUUUGGGUAUUGCUGUCCUGUGGGAUACUGCUGGCAAUAUUCUUCUUAGCCUUCACUCUCAGAUUCAAAAGCAACAGGAUUGUGAAAAUGUCCAGCCCCAACCUCAAUGUGGUAACCUUGUUUGGAAGUGUUCUCACUUACAGCAGUGGCUUUAUGUUUGGGAUCGAAGAGAGCACAUUACUGCCAGGAACAGCCAUGAGAACACUGUUACAGGCACGGAUCUGGACUUUAUGCAUUGGAACCUCGCUUGUGCUUGGACCAAUCUUAGGAAAAACAUGGCGGCUUUACAAGGUGUUUACCCAGCGCAUGCCAGACAAGAGGGUGAUUAUUAAAGAUAUCCAGUUGAUGGGAUUGGUUGCUGGUUUAAUGCUGGUGGAUGUAGUUUUUCUGACAACCUGGGGCCUAACUGACCCAGUUCAUUGUAUGAAAUCUAUCAGCGCAGCACUAAGGGUGUCUAGCAGGGACGUUUCUUACUCCAUGUCAGACCUGGAGACCUGUGCUUCCGUGUACACUGAUGUGUGGAUUAUUCUUAUCUCUGUCCUCAAGGGGAGCCUUCUGCUGUACGGGACCUACUUGGCUGGGCUGACCAGUAAUGUGAGCUCUCCUCCUGUAAACCAGUCGCUCACCAUCAUGGCUGGGGUCUACCUCAUCACCCUGUCAGCUGGAGUUACCAUUCCUGUCACACGCUUCUUCUACACCUGGCCCAACCUGGUAUACAGCUUCAUCUCUGGGGCAAUCUUUAUCUGCACGCUGACAAUCAACUGUCUGGUAUUUAUACCUCAGCUGACCCAGCGGAAGCAGUUUGCAGAUGAACUGAAUCAAAGUCCAAGACAGAUGGCAAAGUACUUCAGCAGCCCCAGUAAAAGCAUCCAUUCUAUGUACAGCGAAGAGGAGAUUUACUGCUUGCUCGGAGAGAACAGCUCCAUGAAGAGGCUACUAACAGAGAAAAAUGCGGUGAUAGAAAGCUUGCAAGAACAAGUGAACAAUGCCAAGGACAAGCUUUUGAAGCUGAUGCCAGUGCACUGUGGCAAGGAUCACACAGAACUGAAUUCCACCACCAAGUCAAGCUUAGCAUUCACUCAGAUCACAGAGGUCAGACUUGAAGGCCAUAGCCAGGGAACAGAAGACCUGGAAAUUAUUGAAGAACUGUGUUCUUCAGACACACCUAGCAAUCUAGAAAGCAAACCUGCUCCACAGAAGGAUCUAAUAUUUACUUCAGUACUGGAGCAUAACAGAGACCAUUGUUCAAGUCAUGACUUGGGAUCGGUCAAUGUUAGGCAAUGUUGUGACUCCCCCAGUCAUAUAGAUACGGAGCUGCACCAGUUAGGUUCUAAACCUGUUUCCAAUCUUCAUCAGAACAUCAACCUUCAGAACAACAAAAUGGAGAAAGAUCUGCUGUUGACAUCCUCAGAUUCAGGCUCGGCACUGCAUAUGUCACCCAAAACUGUGGCACCUGAGAGCUCUGAUUCAACCAAGGAGCAGUUAACUGCAAAUAAGCACAACUACGUAAGCAGUGAGAAACUACAAGAGAUCUUACAGGAUCUUAGUAUAGAUGCGGUCAGCUCUUUAAGGUCACCAGCCAGGACAAGGAAAGAUGCAAACACUAUGCAAGAAGCUGACCCGUCAAGGAUGCAAAAGGAAUUCCAGUUUUACUUCCAAAGUAUUUCUCCAUACAUAAUGAGGAAAAGAAGGCCUCCGUUCAAUCCAAUGAGGGGGGGCCGUCCUCCAUAUUGUUUCCCUGGGUAUUUCCCUCCACAUGCGAGGUGUGUGGCAAGCAAUGAACUGGUAAGAAAACAUAAUAAUAUGGACACAAGGACUAAACCCAACAGUGAUGAUUUGCUUCCUCCAAAUACAGCUUCAAAGGACGUGGAUCAGCUUCCAACCACAAGCGAAGAUGAACCCUCUUCUUAUGGUUCACAGUUGGCAUCAGUGAGAAGGGCUAAGUGUGGUAAUAGGUGUGACUACCCUGGGGGCUACUCUGACUCUCACAAGGAGUCAGAACAAGCUUGUAUAUGUAGUAUUAAACCUUUCUCAGGGUUUAAUUCCAAAGGUUUACCAUGCAGGGAAUCAGAAAUAGAAGACCUGGAGCAGUCUCUCUAUGAUUAUUCAGACUCAGACUCGAGUAGCUCCGAGGAGGAUUUUUGUUACUACCACAAGCCGUACUACGACACUUAUUUUCAGGGACCGUAUGAAUCCACUGAGAGUAAUACCUCCAAAACAUCGGACAGUGAACUAGGUGGAUCUCCGGCUCACUGGGUUAAGGCCUACAGUAAGGCCCAUCCUGUUGUGAACUUUAAAGAGGACUUGAAACCAACUUUUGUAUAGACAUAUUUCCUAAAUGGCUUCUUCUGUGAUAGACAGCUUUACAAAAAAAAACAAAAAAAGAAUAAAUAUUUAAAAAGUAACUUGUCAAGAAUUUAGCUUUGUUACUGCGUAAGGUUAUAACAAACACAGGAAAAUCAUAGGACUGGGGGUUACAACACUGGACUAUAAUACUAUAGUAUUUUCAAGUGGUUCCUCCUAGCAGCAAAAGUUAAUAAGACCCACUAGCAUGCCUUUCAAUUUUUGUUAAAAUAUCCAUAGAGAUGCACUGUUUUGAAGGACAAGUGUUUCUUUGAUUGAGAACUGUACUUGAUGGAUAUAGAUUGAUUUUAGUGUUUGCAAAAUGCUGAUAGAGGUACAAACUUAAAUGUACUUUGAAAUAUAACUGUAAUGUUAUGUAACAUAGUGUUAAUAGCAGCUGUCAUUUAAUAGAGGUACAUCUAACUUAUUGCCUGUAGCACAUUAUUCCAGACUUGACAUGUCUUUAAAUGUAGAUGGGUUGUUUAACUUCCGAUAUUUUAUAGCUUGUAAAUAAAAACAGAGUUUAGUUGUUUUUCCAUGACCAAAUGUGUGUACGCUGCCUUAUAGGAGAAAGUUAGCUUUUUUGGCAUAAUGGUCAAUUAAAGGUGUUGUUCCUAAAGUUUUAAUUCCUAUAUUUAAAUUACCUUCAGUUUCACAUCUAACUUCUAAUACAUGUUCAGCACUUUUCAACAACAAACAUUUUGACUAUAAUAAAAUUCUACAAUAAAACAUGUUGGCUUUAUGUAAUGUAAACCAAAAACCCAUUUCAACACCGAAGUCAUUGAGAAAUACUUAUACAGUAGUCAAAAUGUUGAACAUCUCUGAAAGUACAACACUAGAAAAGCCUAUCCCAUGUUGGUCUGCACCUCUAUGUAUUCACACAUCCUGUGCCAGCAUGCGUUAUGGAAUCUGUGGGACAUGGGAGAAAGACACAGAGAUUAUUCCACAUGAAAAUAAUAUGGGCUUUAGAUUUUCAUUUCAUUUUGACCAGGAAUAUACUUGUCCAUUCUGUUAGAAACUAUAAACCCCAAAAUAGCAUGACAGGGACAGAAAUGUUUACUCACUAAGCAUUUUAUUAGUGUAUUCAAUAAUUGUGUUCUUUAGGAUCAAGUCCCUUCUUGUUGUACUUCAUUGUUGUAUCAAGAUAUUUUUUGUUCUUGAUCAUAAAGCUUUCUGUUAGAGAGCUGCAGCUGCAGUGUGUGUCUCCAUUUCCCUUCUGAAUUUGACCUUGUGACUGAAUCACAGUAGUUUAGUGCUUUUGUUCUGCUUUAUUAAAGUGAAUGGGAAUAAUAGUCCACUUGUGGUAUUAUAUAUUUUUAAACCAGUUCUUUGAAGCAGAUCUACUGUACACCCCUCAGUCUUGGUGUGUUGUGCAAGGUGGUUUUAUCUACUGUACUUUGUUCAACCCACUCAGGACCUUGGUGAAAGACCACUUUGACCCAUAAAAUGCCACUUGCCCACAACCCUAUAUGCAUGGCCUACUAAUAAAUAGAAUGCAAUGGUAUUAUUAAUAAACAAAGUCAGUUUAGCCGGAUGGCGUUUACAAGAACUAACAUGAUUGAUUACUGUACAUUGGAUUGUAUUGUUCUGUUGUAAGUUCCCAGAGUGAGUCAUUAUCUUCAGACACUUAUUUUUGUAAAAGCAGAAAAGAAUAGAGUGGGGGAAAUGUCCGUGUGAAGGCAUGGGUGUGAAAAAUAAA